AUGGCGCCCGCGUUCCGCAUCCACAAGCCCGAUGUCCUGGCGACCCUUCCGAGGCCUCUCGAUUAUUCCACGGGUCAAUAUCAUGCUGGCGAGGUCUUCACGCAGCAGCCCGGCUCCAAGAAGCGCAAGAGACUCGAAGUCGCCGUCGGUGUCGAUGGCGAGGCCGCCAACAUUUACCACAGUCCUUUACCUGCGCCCCUUACUCGAUCCGCUACCAGAGGCCGAAUGCCCACGACCGCGACCAAUACACAUACUUCGCCACCAAGGAUGGCUCUGCCGGCCGGCUUCAAGAUCACCGUCUGCAAGGACGUCGUCAGCCCAUCCGGCAAGACGACAUCGACGACCAAGUCGCAACGACUCCAGCACAAGGCCCCCGUUGCCCGCAUCUACACCUCCUACCACGCCACCGUGACACCCGACGCCGACGCCAGGGGGAACGCGUACAGCGACGUUCUCGCUGUCUGCAACGACGGCCAGAUUGUCUGCCUCGACGGGGCCGCGCUCGACGAGAGGUGGAGCAUGUCCGCGUACAGCCUCUGCAAAGACCUGCUGCCGCCGGCGACCUCGGGCCUCGAGGUCGACUCUGUCUUCCACGGCCCCGCUUCUGACUUCCUGAAGGGUGUGUUCGGCGGUCGGCAAGAUGCGCUUGGCGCCUUCGGUCGCACCAUUGACGCAGAGACGUUCAACCCGGAUGUGCUCGUCCUCGUUGCCACCACGCGCGGCAACGACGAGACGGGCCGCUACCUCAUCGUCCUUGGCGCUGUCGCGCGCCACAACACCAACGCCGCCCAGCAGGCUCUCGUCCAGCUCCACGUCGCCCCGCUGCCCCGGCACGAAGGCCUGGCAGCCGUCAAGACACCGACCUACCAACUCCACGUCCGCACCGGACGUCUCAUCGAGCUCUGUGACAACAUCAUGCGGACCUACGAUCUCACGACGGCGGUACCUAGGCUGCGUGAUGCCGUCAUUAUGCCUGACGCGUCCUCCUCCUUCGUACAGCUGUCCGAACACUCGGUGCUGUCGCUGUCGCCCAUGGCGCUCACCAUGACGAACAUCACCUACCGCUCCGUCCAGGCGCAGUCCGCCGUGACCAUGGAGGCGGGUGCGCAAGGGGGCGGCCAUCCGCCUAUGCUCCUCACAUAUCUCGCCAAGCUGGAUCUGGCCAUCGCCAUCGUCAACAACACCAUCUACUCGAUCCAGAUUGAACGGCACAAGGCGUCGUCCAAGGAGGGCCUCCUCAUUGACGCCAUCGGCCGAGGCCUGUCCAAGGCCGAUCACCUCCCCGCCGACCUCCCGCAGCGCCGCGGCAAGGCUGCUUUCUCGAAAUACCUGCCGGGCACGCUGACGGACGCCUACGUGAAACAGUCACUGGUCGAAGUGGAGGAGAUGGACGAGGCACUGGGUCAGAACGAUCUCAAGGAGUUUGAGCGCCUGCUGGCGGCCAAGUUUGGCGUCACCAUGGACGAGUCUGCACAGGCCCACGACGACGACACGACGACGCCCGACUGGCAGUGGCUCGAACGGCCCUCGGCAUACGCAGCCGUCGACCGCCGCUGGGUCCUCUACGCCAUCAGCCGCGUCUUCUCGGUCGACGUCAAGGACGUCAACAACGACUGCCCGGCCCUCCACUGCGUCCUCCCCGAAAGCAACGCACUGCUCUACCUCGUUGUUGCCGGCCACCUGACGCUGUCGAACAUCCUGGCCGCCUUCCGGAGCGAGCUCAACGAGGCCGACGUGUCGCUGUUCGCGCUGGCCGACGUGCUCGUGCAGCAGCUCGUCGGUGUCGACCCGGCGCUGGAGCUCCUCAUGAGCUACCUGUCGGCGACGAAGCUCGGCGAGGUGGAGCUGCUGCUGAUCGUGCGCACCAUCAUGCAGAGCCUCGACCAGCAGCCGCGGCUGGCGCUGCCGAGGCCCAACGGCACGCAGGAGGACGACGAGUUUGUGACCAUGGAGAUUGACCAGCUCGAGCGCGAGCUGGAGCUCGCCGAGUACAACCUGGGCGACGAGUCGAACGUCCGCGCGCGGCUGCUGACGGCGGCGUUCGAGAGGCUGGCGGGCUAUUCCUCCGUCUCCACCGUGCGCGCGCUGCGCAUCGCCUUCCACCCGACCGAGAUCCUCGCGCUGAUCCACCUGCUGCGCAUCCAGCUCGUCGGCAGCGCCUGGACGACGCGCUACACCGAGAUGACGACCUUGGACCAGGACGAGGCGGCGCGGACGGCGUCGGACGGCGUCAUCACCCUCAUCGCCGAGCUGCUGGCGCGCUGCAUCGACGCCGUCGGCACCCACGGCUGGCUGACCAGCGUGUCCGUGGGCCACCAGGCGGAGGGCGGCGGCCACUUCCUGACGGCCCUCAAGCUCGAGGUCAGCGCGGCCCUCGAGGGCCUCAACGAGGCGGUCGAGAUGAACGGCCUCCUGGGCGAGGCGGUGCGCUUCGGCACCGCGUCUCUGGCCGGCCGGUCCGCGCGGGGGGGCGACAGGGCGAGGGCCGUCGAGGUCGUGGCGUCGGCCGAGCUGCCGCUUGGCCUCACGCCGAAGCAGGGCGUCACCCAGUUCAAGGUCGUGUCUGGCGGCGAGGUGGUGGAGAGGUCUGCGCGUGAGAAGGGUCACCUGCUGAGUCAACGUGUCAAGGAAUACUCGCUGGAGAAGAUUUCUAUUUGA